UGUAAGUUUUAUUUUGGUACCAAAAAUUAAAUCCAAUGGCUUAAAAUAUACUGUGUAUACACGAGUGUGGGUACAGCACAUCAUAAUAUUUUAUAAGAAUGGAAAAAAAUGUAAUCACAUUUUAUCUGCGUAUAUCUUAAAUGUCCUUGUUAUUACAGUAGUCCAGCCUUGGCAUUCUGCAUUGUAACAACAUAGGGUCUGUAACUGGGGUGUUCUGUUGUCUCUGGGUAGAAUGAGAGAGACACAGACUUCCAGGUGUUUAUUAUUUACAAAGGUGCAGUUGCAGUAGUUUGUGGCCGCCACUAGGGGUCGCCGAGCAAGCCAUUAACACAGUGUGGGAACAGAAACAAAACACAGCUAAGAAAAUGAAGGUGACCGUGUCAAAGUCGUGCGCUACCUCCACUACAUAGAGUCCCGCACCAGGAAUGCUACACCAGCACACACUCUGUAAACUGGUUUGGUAUCGUUAAGAGAUCCCCUAAACUAACCCUAGCUCUGCACUGCUUAACCAGCCCUAGUUGUAACAUUUGGCAGUUGGUAAACUUUGAACUAUCGGUGAGAAAUGAAAAUGAAAUAGGCUUACUGGGUCAAUUGCAAUGAACUUGCAGAGUUAGUAUGGAGCUGUGUACUAAGUUGCAUACUAGCUAAUACGUUACUAUCUCAUCCCCAGCAGCGUACUAACAUAGUACCAAUUGCAACGAAAAAACAAGUGGAACAAAGUUGUGGACUAGCUGAUCCCCCCCCCAGCUUUAGUAUGGUAUUAAGGAUGAAGCUUUGUUGGUGUGCUACUGUGGCAAAGUGGUUUGCAGUGUGCUGGUGUAGUGAUGAUGCAGUGCAGUAGAAUAAUGACCAAACACAGUUCCACGGUGAAAGAAAGCUUUUGUUAGGCCUUUUAAAUAGAAAAUAUUCUCACACUCACAUUGCAUGGGCUUUAUUUAUUUUUUAUUUUUUUUGGACUAGACAACAUACAGCACUGCCAAUCAGAGUCAACCAAAUUGUAAAACAAAUCAAAAACUCCUGUUUGGAACAUUGGGACAAAGAAACACAAACCCAAAAUAAACUUGAUUGCUAUCGGGCCCUAAAAAGAAGUUUUACUCUAGCAGAGUAUCUCUUCACUGUCACUGUCAAAUACAAGACAGAGGCAGUCUGACCAAGUACAGGUUCGGUGACCACAGCCUGGCCAUUGAAAAAGGCCGACAUAGGCAGACUUGCCUACCCAGAGAGAACAGACUCUGUGGUCACUGAGACAGGAGGUUGUGACAGAGCUGCACUUUCUCCUACACUGCGAUAAAUAAGUCCAAACAAGGAGCAUAUUCUUUAAAAAUAUAACUACUCCUCUCCCACAUUUCAACACAUGACGGACCCCAAAAAACUGGCAGUCGUACUGGGAGAGGGACACACAGCCCCACUGGCUGCCCAGUAUGUAGCCGCCUGUCUCGGCCUGAGGGACACACAGUGAGCACUGUGCACAGAGGGAGCACUGCUGGGCAGGGAGGGUUUUUUUUAGUAUUUAGUGUUUCAGUAUUUAAUUCAGUGUCUUUGUCUUGUUCUAUUUACUAUUUGUAUUUAAGUAUGUUCAUAAGGUUUUGCUGUAUUAUUAUAAUUAGUAUUGUUACUGUUAUUAUUAUUACUAACUUACUGUACUUUGUAAAUGCUUUUGCAAUACUGCCGACGUUAGUCAUGCCAAUAAAACACCUUUGAAUUGAAUUUGAAUAUAGCUGCAGAACGAAGGCUCCCACAGCGUAGCUCACACAGGGUAGUGCUGCGUGCGCAACUCAUAAUUUACGUAGUGCUUCAUUGACCCUCAACACCCCUACUACGUGACCAUAAUACCCCACGAACCUUAGGUUUAGGGUUAGGUUAUUGUUAUGAAAUAAAGUUCAUUUUAGUACCUGCAUUUAUCACUCAUGUGAUCGGGCUGUAGCAUAUAAUAAUGACUUCUGACAAGGUUGAAACCACGAGAAGGCUCGCGAGAAGGAGGGGGGUGGGGGUAAGCGGUUGCUAUAGAAGCGAUGUAAACAGUGACGUCACGUGACUAACCCUUUGUCCUCUUAAGGUACACAGUGCAGAACAGCGGUGCAAGGUAGCAGAUACAGAGGGACUACAGCAGGAUAAUGCCAAAAGAUAUGAAGAAGGACACAAGACAAGCUGACUGCACCAGACAAAAAGGAUUUGGAUCAGAAUCUGAGCAGCUUUUAAGAGAACACUUCAGACACUACGCAUAUUUUACAGACACUGCGGGCCCUGAUAAGGAAACGCUGGCAAGGAAAGGUUUUUCUCUCUACUCUUUCUCCUCCGAGGAUGAGGCCAUAUCAGAAGAAGAGGAAGAAGACAUUGGAGAAGAGGAGUAUGAAGAUGAGUUGAUUGCACCAUGUCACAGGAGAGGGAGUGAAGACUGGCAUAGUGCCCUGUCAUCGCUGCCCCGAACUACACAGGUGGUGUUUGAUUUCCAGUCAGGAAAGGCAGUCCCUCGACUAAGAGAACCCCGGAAUCUUUAUGGGGUGACAGGAUGGGGACCUCGAAACAUGCCACGCUGGCCCCAGGAGUGCGAGGUCAUCCCAGAUAAAAUCCAUCACAUUGAGUGGGCACCAUCCAGCCCGGAGCCCAUAUAUUCCCCCUGCAAUCUGAAGAAAGUGCCCCUGCAAGAGACAGAGCCAAGGGAGGCCACUCUGGUGUACAUGGCAGAUGGAGCCGAUAAGGAGCCUUUUUUCAUCUGCUCACUUGUUGGGGGGAGCCAGGGACCCCUAAAGUCAGCAGCAGUCCCCUUCUUAGAUCCUGGAGACUCCACCCUUGUGUUUGAGGCGAGAUUUGAGAGUGGGAACCUGCAGACGGCACUCAAAGUGGGUGAAUAUGAUUACGAACUGACCCUACGGACUGAUCUCUACACGGACAGACACACACAGUGGUACUAUUUCCGUGUUAUAAACACACGAGCCAACAUGCGUUACCGCUUCACCAUCACCAAUCUGCUGAAGAUGAGCAGUUUGUAUGCAGAGGGGCAGCGCCCCCUUCUGUACUCCCAGAAGGAGGCGGAGAGCCAGGGGGUGGGCUGGCACCGUGUGGGGGAGGAAGUGCGCUAUUACCGCAAUGGGAGGCAGCAGUCUGGCCACUCUUGCUACUCACUGACCUGGACCUGCACCUUCCCCCAUGACAAGGACACCUGCUACUUUGCGCACUGCUACCCAUACACUUACUCCAACCUGAGGGAAUACCUCUCAAGGAUUUCCCAGGAUCCUGUCUGCUCCAGCUUCUGUAAAAUCAGGACACUGUGCCUGUCUCUAGCUGGGAAUCUGGUGCCCAUUCUGACCGUGACCAGCCCUUCUCUUGGGAAUCAGAAGGGAGGAAGGAAACCGGCCGUGGUGUUGACUGCCCGUAUUCAUCCUGGAGAGACCAACAGCUCCUGGGUGAUGAAAGGGAUCCUGGAUUUCCUGCUGGGGUCCUCUGCCGAUGCCGCACUCCUGAGGGAUUCCUUUAUCUUCAAGCUAGUGCCAAUGCUGAACCCUGACGGAGUCAUAGUUGGAAACUACCGGUGCUCCCUGACUGGCCGAGACCUGAACCGCAAUUACAAAUCAAUUCUGAGAGAGUCCUUCCCCACAGUGUGGGCCACUCGGAGCUUCAUUCAGCGGCUGUGUGAAGAACGGGAGCUGCUGCUGUACUGCGAUCUACACGGUCACAGCCGCAAGGCCAACGUUUUCAUGUACGGGUGUGAGAGUGAUGACCAAUCAGAACUCUGCAAGAGAGUCUUCCCACUAAUGCUGAGCAAGAACUGCCCGGACAUGUUCUCGUUUCAGAGUUGCAAGUUCAAGGUGCAGCGCAGUAAGGAGGGGACAGGCCGCGUGGCUCUGUGGAGGAUGGGCGUCACAAACAGCUUCACCUUGGAGACCUCGUUCUGUGGGUCAGAUCUAGGGCGAAGAAAGGGAACCCACUUCUCUACACGUGACCUGCAGUCAGUCGGAUUUCAUUUCUGUGACACUCUGCUGGAUUACUGUGAUCCUGACAGGACCAAGUACACAUAUUGCCUGAACGAGCUUGAGAUAAUGACCAAGCAGGAUGUCUCCUUAACAGACGAAGCAGUGGCAAGGGAAGCAGGGUCAGAGGCCUUCCUCAAUGACCAUGAGGCCAGCUCCAGUGGAUCGGACAGCUCAGACUCAAAUGGGCUCCCUGCCCACCUCCAUGCCCUUGCUAGCAGGAAAUUAAAGCCCAGUAAAACACAUCUCAAGUCAAAGAAGGAAAGAAAUAAGUCAUGCCUUUACCGGUUGGGAACCCAGAAAAUAUACAAUGAUGCAGAGGAAACAAAAGAGCAAAGGCUCAACUUCGCCCAUCGGAGAGAUGCAAGCAAGAAAAGACCUGAGAGAGAGUGCUCCAGUAGGAAGGUAUCCGUUCUGUAUCUUGUCUUUGACUCUACAGAGAGUGUCAUCACAACAAAGACAAAGUACUUGGAGAAUCUGAUGGAAGCGUAUAUACGUAGUCAAAUGAUGGGACUCAAUCAUGCAUCCAAAGAGCAAGUGAAAGGGCACAGGUUACCUCGUCAGAGAGACAGAAGUGACUGGAUUCAGCCCUCUAGCUCCCUGGUCCCUCCCUUAUCUCUCCCUUCCUUUCAUGUUACACCUGUUGUAAAACCACCAUUGCCACGAAUGCACCCCCCACCCCGAUCCAACGUAAUUACUCAACCACAACUUCCAGGGAUCAGUAGCUUAGCAGCGGGCGAUAAGAGGAUCUGCUCCAGAACCAACACAUGGAGGGUUGGUCCACAGUCCGGUGCCUUCAAGACGGGACAGAGACCCAGCGACAGGGGGGCCAGGUUCAGUGGUUGGGGCGUCAGGAGCGCAGGCAGGCAAUCAGUCGGCUGUAGCCCCAGGCAGAGGUGUGAGCCCAGGCGACUGUGCAGCGACGUCUGGGCAACCAGGGGGGAGCGGAGCAGGAGCCCAGACGACCAACUGUGCCUGGUGGUGUGUGAUGGUCCACGUCCCAUCUGUUAUAAAAAAAAAUAAAACUUUUAACCAGCUAAUGUUUUUUAAAGGAAUCAUGAAAUAAAGCGGGACUGUUUCUUAUUAAGAACACAACGAAAACAAUAAUACUGUAUACUGUAUUUAUUUAAAUGCAUAUGAAUUGUUUUAAAUCAGCAAUUGCACAAAGUACAUAAAUAACCAAAAAAAUUACUUUACUUACCUGUGGGGUUGGAGGAGGCCGUGGGUGUACGCCAGGAUAGGAAAAAAGAAAGACAAACAAACAAAAAGUUAAAGGCGAUGCUGAAUGCUCAGUGCGUGUUUCAAUGUGAAGGUGCACAUUCACAGAGAAAUGCGUAGUUUGUUAGUCAGUAACCUAAAUUGUCUAUACAAGUAAAACUUAAUUAAAAUAGAGAUUAAAAGCAAAUACUUACCAGUUUGUUUGUUAAUGGCGUUUGUUAGCAUCAGUGUGGUGCACUGGCAGCGCCAUGUUUGUGCGAGCUGAGCAGUACAAUGAGGCGCCAUGUUUGUGAGGGGCAGAUCGUACCUCGAUUUUAACGUGAAGCCUGCUUGCAACGCGCAAGCCAAAUUGAACGUUACCGGUGUGUAACUGAAGGGUAGACCAUGCCAGGAUUAAAGUAAAGAUUUAUAAAAAAAAUAAAAUUGCACAUUUAUUAAAAUAAAUCUAGGUGGAAUUUUAAUAUAAAACCUAGUGAUCUUUGCUGUUUUACUGCCAAAAACAGUUUAAUCAUCCUGCACUUAAGUUUUUUUUUAAAUUUUAUUUCGUAAAAAGUUAUUUAUUUUUUUUUGAAAAUGUGUUUCAUUAUGAUUUUGUUCAGUUGAUAGAAUUUUAAAAAAAUAAACGAAAAAACGAAAGUUUGCAAACAAAACCUCUGUUG